AACGUUUCCAUUUCCAUUUCAGCGUUCCAUUUCGUUUCGCCCCAUCCCCUUUAGCGCAUUCAAUCCCUUCGACAGUUCGACAUUCAUAUUUCCUAAUCCCUUCGGCGAUAAGAUUUCGGCGACUUUUACAUUCCGGCGUCGGCCUAUGCACAUUUAGAUCGUAAGUUCGACUGCACAUUCAGAUCGCAAGUUCGACGGACUUCACAUUCUGGGUUCUUCAUCUUGUUUUGUCGGUUCUUCGUCUUGUUUAGUGUAUUGAAUCAAUAGGCUUCAAUUUUUUUCCAACCCGGCCUAACCCGGCUUCUCCACUACUACAAUGCUCUGAAGAUUUUCCAUAGGUGAAAUCUGAAUAUGUAUGGAAGAAAAGCAUGCCAAUUGGUGACAGAGUUGGCAAGCGGCGAGAAAGGACAGCUAACACACUUCAAUAGCGACCUAUUUGAACAGGUUAUUUCAGAAUGCCAGCAGCAUCAUCUUGAGCUUCAGUCUUUGAUUAGGAAAGUACAGGAAGAAGGAUUAGAUCUUCAAACAACUAAGAAUGAAGAUCAUUUUGGCGCGCUCAUUCACCACCUUGCAUUAGUUCGCAACAAACGUUGCCUUAUGGCUUAUGUGCAUAAUCGAGCUGAGACUAUAAGAAGUUUGAUAUGGAAGUUAUUAGGUUCUAUGAUUCCACCGGAAAUACAAGAGAAGCUCAGCAACUCAGAGGAAGAGUAUUUCAAGAAGCAUUCUGCCCGUCUUAAAGAAUAUAUGUCAAAACUGGAGUUGGAUUUGACUGUGGAUAUGGUGCCACCUAAGGAUCCUUACAUCCAAGUGAGAGUGCUCGAUGAUAUCGGUGAAGGAAUUGUUUUGAGUGAUGAUAAAACAGCAAACUUUGCACUUCAUUCCAUACAUUUUCUUAAAAGAACUGAUGCUGAACAAUACAUCUCACGGGGAUUGAUGGAGGAGCUUAGAGGCUGAUUUUUCCACUGAAGAUAGAGUUUAGUUGGAGAUGUUUGAUGUACAUUAAGAAGCAAAUGAGAUAAAAGAGGAAACAAAGGGUGAUCCAUCCCAUUUCUGUAAUUAUAUCUAAAGAUAGAUGUUUGCCAAUCAACUCAGUUUAGUGGGUUCUUUUUCUUCAUUUAAUUUUAUUUAUAUACGUUGUUUGGGGGAAUCAAACCUAUGACCACAAACAAAAUCGAUAAUAUAAACUAUAUGACGGUUGAAUCA